AUGAGUGAACCCCAGCACAAGCCGCCCCAGUUGUCGCGUCUCUCCUUCGCCCUCAUCUUUGUCGGCCUCGCCCUGGCCUUGCUACUCGCUGCCAUCGACCAAGUCAUUGUCUCCUCUGCCAUCCCAUCGAUCGGCAACUCCUUCCAGGACUUUGAGAGAGUUCCAUGGAUCGGAACCGCUUACCUCCUGACCAGCUCGGCCAUGGCCCCAACCUAUGGCAAGCUUUCGGACAUCUUUGGCAGAAAGAGCGUCUUUCUUGUUGCCAUCGUCAUCUUUGAAAUCGGAAGCUUGAUCUGCGGAGUUGCCACGAGCAUGGACAUGCUUAUUGCCGGUCGAGCGAUCGCCGGCAUCGGCGGCGGCGGUCUCAUUGGCCUCGUCCUCAUCAUCAUCUCGGACCUGGUCUCGUUUCAAGACCGCGGAAAGUACCAAGGCAUCAUCGGCGCCGUCUUUGGUCUGGCCUCGAUCAUUGGACCUUUUGUUGGUGGACUGUUCACGGACAAGAUCAGCUGGCGAUGGUGCUUCUUCAUCAACCUGCCUUUCGGUGCCCUGGCCAUCCUGGCCAUCGUUUUCUUCCUCCACCUGCCGACUCCAGAAGGCUCCAUCACCGCCAAGCUCCAGCGCAUUGAUUACCUCGGAUCUCUUGUCUUGAUCUCGGCCGUGAUCUGCCUUCUGCUUCCGGUCCAAUACGGCGGAGGCGACUGGGCCUGGAACGCCCCGCAGACGAUUGCGCUCUUUGUCGCUGCUGCCGUCUUGACCGGACUCUUCAUCUUCAUCGAGUUCCGUGUUGCCAAGGAGCCCGUCAUUCCCCCUUCCAUCUUCCGGCAUCACAGCGUCGGGCUGAUCCUGGCGUUCACGUUUCUGUUCGGCGCUGCCUUCCUCGCAAUCGUGUACUAUCUCCCGACCUACUUCCAGAUUAUCGACGGCGCAACGGCGACUCAAUCGGGUGUCUACACCAUUCCCAUGGUUGUAGUGUUUAUCAUUCUCAACAUUGGCAGUGGCAUCGUGGUCUCUCGCUCUGGCCACUAUCGCAUCUUCUUCUGGAUCGGAUUUCCAUUCAUGAUCGGUGGCUCAGCUUUGCUCUACGUCCUGAACGAGCAGUCUCUGCUGUCCACCCAGAUGCUGUUUUCCCUGGCUUUCGGCAUCGGCUCCGGUUGCAUCAUUCAGUCCAAGACCAUUGCCAUCCAAGCUAGCGUUCCACACAGCGAAAUCGCUGUCGCCACAACCCUCACCAAUUUCGCUCAGACUCUUGGCGGAGUCCUGGGCAUCGCCAUCGGAGGUGCUUUCCUGAACAAUACUCUUCAGUCGACACUGCAGGCCUCUUCCCUUUCCCCAGAAGUCAUCACUAUGAUUAUUCGCAGCCCGGCGUCGAUUCGAAGCGUGUUUGCCAACGACCCCAGCGCCCUUGCCACGACAGUCUCUGCGUUCUUGGUUGGCAUCCGCUCGAUCUUCCUGUCCACGAUCCCAUACACGGUCGUGGGCUGGUUCGCCUCCCUCAUCAUUCGCGAGUUCCGAAAGGGCCAAACGGCUGCUCCAAAGUCCGUGUCGGGGCUCGACGAUGCCGCAACUAACAAGCACGAGCUCAACGAGAUUGUGUCCGACCGCGAGCCUCACAACUAG